AUGACUGAGCCUCACCCUCGCGAGCUGACUGAAGACGACUACGCUGGAGCGCUUGACUCGCUCACGCAUGGGCCAGACGAGGAGCCAAAGGAGCUCGACAUCCACACGCCGGCGGAGCACGGAGUGAAGCACAAGUGGCUGCAACGCUUCGUCCCCGGCCUCGAGAAGAUUGCGUCCGAGUACCAUGUCGGAAACUACGUCAUGACGAGGGGCGACAACCCGGUCAAGGUGUGGGAGAGCAUGCCGAUCUAUGUGCGCGUUGGUAUGCAGCUGCUGUACCACGGCAGGGAGCAGGAGAAGGUGCUCGGAUACUCAAAGGUCGAUGCGCUUCUCAAGGAGCAAAGCAUCAAGCAAGGUCGCGCCUUUGACUCGCCGACGAACGCCCUCUCGCAUAUCCAGUCCUUCAUCAAGACCUACUCGAUCAACCUCUCCGAGCUCCUCGAACCCGAUCCCGCCAAGUACGACACGUUCAACAAGUUCUUCUACCGGGCUCUGAAGGCGGGCGCGAGGCCUGUCCACGAGCCGGAAAACCCCAAGGUCGUCAGCAGCGCGGCGGAUUGCAGGUUGACGGUCUUCGAGUCGGUCGACAAGGCCAAGGAGUUCUGGAUCAAGGGCCGCAACUUUACCCUCCCCGCCCUCGUCGACGACCCCGCCCUCGCCUCGCAAUUCGAAAACGGCCCCCUCGCCGUCUUCCGCCUCGCGCCAGCCGACUACCACCGCUACCACAGCCCCGUCAAGGGCAGGGUCGGCGCAUCGAAGGCGAUCGACGGGACAUACUUUACUGUCAACCCUGUCUGCGUGAACGAGGACAUCGACGUAUUUACCCGCAACAAGCGAGACGUCACCCUCAUCCACGCCGACACGGGCACGGGACAGUCGCUCCCCGUCGCUUUCGUGCAGGUUGGCGCGAUGCUUGUCGGCUCGAUCGUGCGGACUGCGGACGAGGGCAAGGAGGUUGAACGCGGAGGCGAGGUCGGCUACUUUGCCUACGGCGGCUCGACCAUCAUCGCCGCCUUCCCGCCCGGAUCCGUCGCUUGGGACGCCGACCUCGUCCGCAACUCGUCAAACAAGAUGGAGACGAUUGUCCGCGUCGGCGAGCGCAUCGGGGCGUUCGUCUGA